AUGGCGCCCUGGGGUGCUCGUCCUUCCGUGAUCGCGCUUGAGCGAGGACGCGGCAUCGGUUCGACCGCGGUCGUCACACGGCCCGGCCUGCUCUACCUGCUCGCCCUCCUGGCCGCCGGCGCGGGGCUCGCGCGCGUGCUGCUGCGGCGCUACCGCGAAGGAGGGCCCGAGGCCCUCCUGCCGGGCGCCCUGCGCCGGCUGCGGCAGAGCUGCCGUCUGGCUCCGCAGCCCUCGAGCCGCCUCGGGCAGAUUUGGUGGAGCAGGCCCGGGCAGACCCUCGAGGGGGCGGCCAUCGUCGCAAUUGCGCCCGCCGUGCAGGAGGCCGCCCUGUGCCCCGAGAGCGCGCCCCGCCCGGCUGGGCUUCCUCCGCCGGCGGCAGGCGGCCGCCCCGCCGCGGCGCCGCCCCGGCCGAGGAGCCGCAGCCCGCGGAGGCUGCCCGCCGCUGCCGACGCGGGCGCGGCAGCGGCCGAGGGCGGCGGGUCGUCGCUGGGCGUGUCCGCGGGGUCCGCUGCCGCUGCCGCGGCUCCCUUCGUCGCGGCAGCGGCCGAGGGCGGCGAGUCGUCGCCGGGCGUGUCCGCGGGGUCCGCUGCCGCUGCCGCGGCGCUCUUCGCGGCCUCCGCGGCAGCCGCGGCCGCCGCCGCGGCCGCUGCCGCGGCGCAGGGCGGCGACGGUGCCGCUACGGAGCUCCUGGUCCGCGCUCCGGCCGAGGGUGGCGCUGGCGCUGGCGUCGGCGAGGACGAGGAGGAGGAGGACUCCGACGGGGAGACGUCCGAGGAGUCCGAGGACGCGGCGAUGGAGCCUGCGGCACAGCCCGAGAAGGCGUCGCAGGCGCCCCUCAUGGCCCCUCCGACGCCUCCUCUGGCGCCAGAGCGCCACGUCCAGCAGCGCCCCUGGGACGACCGGCCAGCCGCGUUCGACUUUGACGACUGCUGGACCGAGAAGGACGAGGAGGGGUGGCACGACGAGGCGGACCGAGACUACUACGCGGCGCUGGGCCUGCCGAAGGGCAGCGACGUCACCCCGAGCCGUGCGCGGUCCGCUUACGCCGACCUGUCCACGAAGGUGCACCCGAGCCAGGCCCAGCGCCGCGCGGGCUUCGGCGCCGAGCAGGCCGCCGUCCGGGAUGCCUACAGGGAGCUGCUGCGCAAGUUCUGGCUGGUGACGGAGGCGUACCUGGUCCUGAAGGACCCCGAGCGCCGGCGCAUCUACAACGAGUGCGGCAUGGAGGGGCUGCGCAGGAGCGAGAGCGGCAAGCGGGCGCCGAGGUUCGACGAGGACGCAUUCGAGGUGUACGAGGCCUUCUGGGGCGGCCAGGACCCAGAGGACAGGGACUUCCUGCUCAUGAGCGGCAGGCCCGAGGACGACCGCGACAGCGGCUCCGAGCACGAGCACGAGUGGGACCAGAGCGCCAUGUUCCGGGCGGCCAUGCGCGCGGAGGCCGAGCGGAAGGCCGCCGCCGCCGCGAGGCCAGAGGCGGCGGAGGCGCGGCUGCCCCCGGAGCUGGCGCGGCAG